AUGUCGGACCUCCCAAUCGUCCUCGACGGUGGGACGGGCUUCUUGAAAGCUGGAUAUGCAGGCCAGAACUUCCCAGAUCAUCAGUACCCAUCAAUAAUCGGCCGUCCGAUCCUCCGAUCCGAAGAGCGAGAUGGCGACAUCGUCGUCAAGGACAUCAUGUGCGGCGACGAAGCCGCCACGGCGCGAUCGAUGCUCCAAAUCACAUAUCCAAUGGAGAACGGCAUCGUCAAGCGGUGGGAUGACAUGCAGCAUCUCUGGGACUACACCUUCUACGAGAAGAUGCGUAUCGACCCGACGGGCCGCAAGAUCCUCCUGACCGAACCGCCCAUGAACCCGCUACGGAACCGCGAGCAGAUGUGCGAAGUCAUGUUCGAGCGCUACAACUUCGGUGGCGUGUACGUCGCCAUCCAAGCGGUCCUGGCGCUGUACGCGCAAGGCCUGUCCAGCGGCGUCGUGGUCGACUCGGGCGAUGGCGUCACGCACGUCAUUCCGGUCUACGAGAGCACGGUGCUCAAUCACCUCACGCGGCGGCUGGACGUGGCGGGGCGCGACGUGACGAAGAACCUGAUCGCGCUGCUGCUGCGGCGCGGAUACGCGCUGAACCGCACGGCCGACUUCGAGACGGUGCGGCAGAUCAAGGAGAAGCUGUGCUACGUCUCGUACGAUCUGGAGCUGGAUCAGAGGCUCUCCGAGGACACGACGGUGCUCGUCGAGUCGUACACGCUCCCCGAUGGACGGGUCAUUAGGGUGGGGUCGGAGCGGUUCGAGGCGCCGGAAUGCUUGUUCCAGCCUCAUCUGGUGGACGUGGAGCAGCCGGGGAUCGCCGAAUUGUUAUUCAACACCAUCCAGGCGGCCGACGUCGACGUGCGAAGCAGUCUCUACAAAGCCGUGGUCCUGUCGGGUGGCAGCAGCAUGUAUCCGGGACUUCCUAGCCGGUUGGAGAAGGAACUCCGGCAACUUUGGUUGACUAAGGUGCUGGGUGGAAACCCGGAGCGGUUGAAUAAAUUUAAGGUCCGUAUCGAAGACCCGCCACGGAGGAGGCACAUGGUAUUCUUGGGAGGCGCAGUGCUCGCAAACAUCAUGGCGGAUAAGGAGAACAUGUGGAUCUCGAAACAGGAAUGGGACGAGCAAGGAUCCCGCGCCUUAGAGAAGCUGGGACCACGAUGA